AUGGAUCCAUCUUCGUUUUGCGCCCUAUUGGAGGCGACACUGAACCCCGACUCUGCAGUGCGUAGGGAGGCAGAAUCUCGCAUCACGGAACUGAAGAAAGGGGCCCCCGACGUAUUUGUCUCAUGUUUGCUACAAACCCUAGGAGAGCACCCUGCAGAGCAACUGCGCUUGCAGGCUGCAGUCCUGCUUCGUUCCUCUGCUUUUGGAGGAUCCUUGGACGGGGAGACUAACGUGUGGGGCCGAUUGUCUCAGCAGACUCGGGAAAAUGUCAAGACCUCUCUGAUACGAUGCGUGGAAAAUGAAAGCAGCAAGACCGUCCGCAGCAAUAUAUGCAACACUGCAGCAGAUCUUGCAUGUGAUUUGGUACCCAUAGAUCAAUGGCCCACCCUGGGCCCUCAGCUCCUCAGCCUAAUCUAUACGAACGAGCCUCACAAGCAGCAGGGGGCCCUUCAUAUCCUCUCGGAGGUCAUUCCUGCUUUGGGUCCCCAGCUGGGCAGUACCGACGGGGGUCCACAGCUUGCAGCUCUUGUUAGGGGAUGCCUCAGCACCGCCAAACCUGCAGAAACUCGCGCAGAAGCACUCUCACUUCUUGUUGCGCUCGUUGAAGACGCUCAGAGAAGUAUAUACAGAAAGGUGGGCACAGCGGAGUCUCCCGUGGCACUCCUCGUCAUUGCUGCCAUUGAGGCAGCGCUGCGGCAGGCGGGGGCCGAGGUCACACAAGGGGAGGCCCCGGAUUGCCAGCUUGCAGAGAGGGUGCUAGGCCUAGUGGUUCAGCUGCUGGAGGCGGAUAGGGGGGGCGGUGCUGCCCUGUUUAAGGGCCAUGUUUCGCUGGUGUUAGACUACUUGUUGUCGCUGGCCAAUGCUGGGAAGGCCCUGCCAAGUCUUGCUGAGCGUGCGCAAGCUGCGGCAACUGCUGCUGCAGCAGCAGCAGCAGCAGCAGCAGGGUCAGCAACACCGGAUGCUGGGCCUUCUGUAGCCGGAGCGGCCUGUGCUGCGACGGCGGAUAAGGCCGAGGGUUUCGAGACGGUAAGGCGCCUGGCCAUUGAGGCAGUCUUGUGCUAUGCCGAGCAAAAGCCUCAGACCAUCGCGGGUUGCACGGAAAGUUUGAAAGAGACCAUCGCUACGCUUCUCCGUUGCAUGCUGGAGGCCCAAGGAGAAGAUUAUGAGGACUGGUUCCAGUCAGGGGAGGAGAGUGACGAUGAUCAGCGAAUGUACGACAUUGGUGAAGAGGGCUUGGACCGAGUGGCUCGCUGCUUCGAUGAGCAUGACGAUGAGGCCGUUGGCAGCAGCGGAAGCAGGCGGAAGCGGGAGAGCCUGUCUGCGGCAACAAACAUGUUACCGUUAUUGGCUGAGCUCAUCAAACCCUUCUUGGUCCAAGAGCACUGGGUAUAUCGCUUUGUGGCGUUGAUGGCAAUAUCGCAAACCGUGGAAUAUAUCCCUUCAGGAGAGGAGCAGCAGCUGGCUGCCGUUGUAGAUACCGUUGCCAAGGGUUUGCGAGAUUCGGACUUUCACGUGCGAUUUGCUGCAUGUCAAUGCCUGGGGCAGCUCUCGCUAGACCAUGCCCCCACGGUACAACAUGAAUACUCCCAUGUGCUCCUUGAGCCUCUCAUUGGUUGCUUCUCCGACCCCACCCCACGAGUGCGGAGCCACGCAUGCGCGGCCUUUGUGAAUUUCGCUGAAGAGCUCGAGAAGAAGCAAAUGCGGGAGAUUGUCCAGGUUGUGAUGCCCAAGAUCCUGCAACUCGCAGAUACCUCAUCCCCGCUACUCGUGCGUCAGCACGCAAUAACUUGCGUAGCAGUUAUUGCUGGCGUUUUGGAAAAGGAGUUUCAGCCCUACUACUCCGCAGUGUUACCAGCCCUACUGCGUUUAGUACAGGAGACAAAUCCUCAAGGGACGCACAAAGAAACUGUUCUUCUCAGCAAUCUCAAGUGCAAAGCCAUCGAGGCUGCCUCUAUUGUCGGAUACAGCGUUGGCCGCGAGGUGUUUGCUCCGGACAGUGGCUUUGUUAUGGAACAGUUGCUGCAACUCUACAACGCCACUGAAGCACCCCUUACCGCCGACAGCAAGAGCAACAGUACCAGCAGCACUACGGAUGGAGACGAAACGGAGACAGUACGGGAGUACUUAACGGAAGCGAUUGCAAGGCUCUGCCGCGUUAUGGAGGCCGACUUUAUUCCUUUUCUAGGCCGCUUACUUCCGCAACUAUUUUCGGUGCUGUCUGUGGAGCCGAAGAUUGUCAAAGAAGACGAAAUUGAAGCGGAGGAAGGAGAGGACGCAUUCGAUGACAUGACAUACGUGAUGAUCGAUGAGGGCAAGAGUUUGGGAUUGCGUACUUCGCUGCUGGAGGAGCAAGAGCGAGCCCUUGAGCUCCUGCAGACCAUCUUCUCUGUGUUAGCAAAGCCUUUAGCUGCUGCUGCUGCAGUAGCAGAAACAGCCGACGAGGUGCGCGGACUCCUGGUGCAGACCGGGCGCGCGGUGACGCCCUUGCUGCGUCACCUGCUCUCUGAGUCAGUGAAGGAGCGGGCUCUAGAGGCAACGGGGGCCCUCCUGGGGGUGCUUGCUCUCUGCCCUCUGCUGAAUGACAUCCGCAAGGCUCUGUUGGUACAAACUCUGAACGACACUUUCAGCUCGCUAUCCGAGGCAGAAGCAGAGCCGGAUUCCAUUCAGUCCCAGGCCUCCGGCUUGGUGCAGUGCAUUGAAACAGCAGGAGGAGGCAUCUUGGAUGCGGUGGAGGUUGCCGAGCAGGUGCGUCGUGUCUUGGAGUUACUUGGUAAAAGCAGUGAGCGGCGCACCGAGUUGGCUGCCAAGCGCCACGCGGAGGAGGAGCUCGAAGAUGAUGAUCUCACGGAGAUAGAGGACGACGAAGAAACAGAGCAAACGCUGCGUUCGACUUUGGUGGAGCUGAUAGGAGCUCUCAUGGCAAGCCACCCCGCCGAGUUCCUGGGGGGGCCGUCCAUAGAGACGGCUCUGCAAUUUGCUGAGGGCCUCUUGGUGUCUCAGGCCUGCUCCGAGGAUAAGGCCGUUGGAUUGUUUGUGUGCUGUGACAUCCUGCAGCACCUAAAGGGGGGGGCUAUGGGCCUGUGGCCACGGUUCCUGCCUCAGGUGUUAGAAUGCCUCUUAUGUGAAGACCAGCGUGUCGUGCAGGCUGCUGCUUAUGGAGUGCAGCAGGCAGCCAAAAUUGAGGGGUUUGCUAAUUUUGCGGGUACUGCUGCCAACAGCUUGCUGCAGGUCAUCAGAAACGGCAAGGACAAACGCGGAAAGCUUCACGCUGCUGCUAUUGACAACGCAGUUGCUGCUUUGGGAGACUUAGUGGAAUAUCAAGGCACCGCCCUCGGCUCCGAGGUACAUGCAUUGACGGCAACUUGGUUGGAACAGCUGCCGCUAAAGCAAGAUGCUACUGAAGGCAUUCGUGUGCACCGACAGCUCUUGGAUGCCCUGCAAAGGGACCGCAACGGUUUCUUCAGUGGAGACAUUGCUCGCGUAUCUCGGGCCUUGGGGGUUUUGGCUGGAAUAUACAAAACGACCUUUGUAGACGCAGAUCUCGAAAAGGAUAUCGUCACUGUAUUCCACAAGAUUAGCACUUCAGGGGAACCCGCACCCUUAGAACAAUUGGCCAAGGGGUUCACGAGCAAACAAGCGAAAAAGCUAGGGCGCAUUUUGGAAGAUGCACCAGCUCCCGCAUAG